GGAGCGCAGCUGCGGGAGUGGGGGCGGCAGGAGCCGCGGAGCCGGCGCCGAGGGCGGCAGCGGCCGGAGCGGGCGGCCGAGACAAAGGCGACGAUAGGGCCAGGUGUGUUUGUGUGGAAUUUUGAGUAAAACCUUGAACCCAAAGGAGAAGAAAACUUCAAGGAACAACUUCCAUUGACAGUGAGUCUGCAGUCAUCUGUAUGCAUAAUACGGAGUGUUCUCAGCCUAGAGAUAGCUGAGUGGGUGCCUGUUGACAAGGAGUGACUACCUGUUAUAGGCCCUGAGUCAAGACAACAAUUUUUAUACCUUCCUGGUGGUUCAGAAACAAGUCUCUGUAGAACCAGAAACAAAGAAAGGAAACAAUCUGACUUUUCUUCAUUAAAUUGACUGUAUAAGAUACUUGACUUCCAGGAACAAAAACACAAAGAAGUAAUAAAAUUAUUCCUUUGGCAUCAUUGGACAUUCAUCAUAUUGAGGAGCGUGCGUUGUUAAGCUGCACGAGUUGACGUUUGGAGACUUCAUUGGUGCUCAUUUAUACCUUGGACUAUAAGCAUGAGUGAAUUCUGGUUGUGUUUCAACUGCUGUAUUGCAGAGCAGCCUCAGCCUAAAAGGCGCCGGCGGAUUGACCGAAGUAUGAUUGGAGAGCCAACCAACUUUGUACAUACUGCUCACGUGGGAUCCGGAGAUCUGUUCAGCGGAAUGAAUUCAGUUAGCUCCAUUCAGAACCAGAUGCAGUCCAAGGGCGGCUACGGGGGCGGGAUGUCUGCUGCCAACGUGCAGAUGCAGCUUGUGGACACGAAGGCAGGAUAGCCCCCGGGUCCCUUCUCUGGUCAUUGUGAAUUUCUGUGUUUUCUCUUUCCCCUAUUCUUUCAUUUUUGUUGUCGUGAUUGCUUUUCUCUUCUUUUCAAUUACAAAAGAGAAGUGUGACGGCGUCUUGUUCACCCCGUUGUGAUUACUCCAGUGAGACAUUUCUGUUCUGCUCCGAAGCAGCUAUUGCCAGGCGACUCCUGCGUUUUCCUCAGCUGGCGUGCAUGCCUUUGGACUCAUGGACAGAGUUCUUUGGAUUGCGGCAUAGUUUUCAAUUUUUAUCACUAUGGAUCUGAUCUUAGCAUGAUCUUUUUGUGAAUGCAGCACUAUUAUUUUUUCGUUUCUCCUUCCACCUCCAACCCUCUGCCUUAUGAUUUUCUUGGUAAGCAAGGACCUGCUAUUGUGUUAAUUUGUCACCGUUUAUGUAUAUUUGGAAGGUAUGAGACCCACAAGCACAAUGAUCAUUUUUAUUCAUUUGAAACUUCAAGCAGAGUAGAUAUCUGCAUGCUUUAUGAAGUUGCUUCGUGUGGGAACCCAUGGGAUGCAGGAGUGAGCGUUUCUUUGCUGCCGUGGGUUGACGAUACUGCUGCUAUUAGAGAAGGGUUAGCUGUGGCACCAAGUCACGUCAGUUCUACAGAAAGCUAACUGGUAGCUUAUUUUAGAAGUAUAACUUUUUCAUCUAUUACAAUAAAAGAAAAGCUUGCAUUCAUAAGGCCUUCAUUCUGUUGUAAAUGUUCAGUAUAUUUAUUUUGAGAGCAAGGACCUGUGAUUAUAAACAGGUAUGGUAUGUAUCUGAGUGUUGCGGUGAUACGCUUAUCCAGUCUGAUUCUGAGCAUCAUAGUAACUGUUCGUUUCUUUGUGUACUCAUUAUAUUUUUACUUGUUUUUAUUUUGUGUUUAACAUUAUGGUAUCCAGUUGUUUCCAGUAACAGUUUGUUGAACUUCUGGCCUGUACUACUAACUGCAGACUCCAGAGUCCUUGGGCUGUCCAUAUUCUACAUAUUUUGGGGCAAUGGAAGUUGCCAAGAGCAACACACUGACCUGGCUGAAUCGUUGCCAGGGAAAAUAACCUGUAUCGUGACUUUUUAUGGUAUUGAUAAGAAACCUUUGCUCAGGUUCCAAAAUAUGUUUAUUCUUCACAAACUGUGUGUAUUUAAGAUAUUUCUGUAAAUGCUUCUCCUUCCCCUAAGGGUCUAGUGUUAAGCCAGUUAGUGGUCUGUAUUCUCAUGGAAAGGUUUCGAUCUUAUUUCCAAUUCAGUCCUGUCUAACUAUAUUCGGUAGAAUUAACAUUUCAUGUAGCAGAUGGGGCUUAAUUGAAAACUUACUGAGAGAACUAUAAGGAAUUAGGUAAUUGAAUAAAGAAAUUUUCUCUUCUUUUACCCCUUUCCCCUGACCUUAGUCCCAGGUUCUUGUGAGAAAGGUAACUGAAUAAAUAUUAGGUUUAUGCGGGCAAAACAUAAAAGCAUUUCUCCCCCAAUUCUUUUGAAUUUAAUUUCAUUUACCCGGUAGGGUGGUGCACUAGAUUGCUCAAUCCUUGUAUUUCUGCAGUGUUGAGCCUUCCUGGGUGUCAAUCCUGAACAGACACAUAAUCUGUCAAGGAGAAAUAUUUAUGCUUAGUAAUCAAAAUAGGCAAUAACUUCUAAAAUUUAAUUCAUCUAGUGUCAUUAAUUCACUGUGUGGAUAUUGGACUCUGGAAUUUGCCUGAGUACAUUGUUAUUCUGCUCAGCCAGAGUCAGUGCUCCUCAAAAGACAGAUUGGAUUUUCUAGGCAUUGUCAGCACUGAUGCUCUUUAGUCUACUUCUAUUUUGACUUUUAAAAUUAGUACAAGUUUUAUACUUGUCAUAUAACUCCUAGAACAAUAGGUCCCUUUUCCCCAACUCAUGAUUUGAUUUUAUUCUUUUUUUCCAAUCACCGUCUUUUCUGCUUCUACCAAGGACCAAAUACUCCAGUGAGCCGCUGGAGCAUCUCUCCGUGGUAAGCCAAAGGCUGCCCUGUGCAGCCACCACUGACCUCACAGUAGCCACACUGUGUACACAGCACAUGCCAAGGGAGGUGCCAAGAAAUUCAAGAAAUAAGAAAAUUACAAAAAUCCUAAGAUAGUAACCUUGGACACACGUCUUUUAGGGAGGCUUGAAGAUAUUUGAGAGUGUGAAGCAUUCAUAAGUGGGACUCUAAAUCUCGAGAGGUCAUUUGUUCCCCAUAGCAAUGUAUCUCAUUUUAAAAUUGAAGCUAAUUAAAUAAAUAGGAUUGACGGUUAAUACUUUGUUGACAUACAUGCUGACCACUGUUAAGCAAGGGAAACUGAGUGAAGGUUUAAGUAAGGACAUGGAUUUUGUCUUCAGUGAUAAAAGAGGUGCUUUCCUAUGGUGCGGGCAUGAAGUGGUGCCAAUAACCAUCGAGCGGAAAUGUCAACUGUGGUGACUGGGUUUAGCAUUUCCAAUGCAGCAUUAUCAGUGGGCCUUUAAAGAUACUUUGGGAGGAUAUUAGCUUUCACUUUUGUUAUUAAAUUAUAGCAGUUUCAUUAUGGA